CAUAUAUAAGGUUUAUGUGGUGUGGCCAUACAUCAAGAACAUCAAUCAUGAUCAAGUCAGUGUUUUUAUUUGCUACUUUGGUAGCUUCAGCUCUCAGUUCACCUGCUGCCAAUUUGACAACAAGUUGUACAGUAACUAGCUACGAUGAUAUUUCAACUGCGGUAUCCAGUUGCACCACUUUGACCAUUUCCGGAAUCACCGUACCAGCUGAGACUACUUUGACUCUUUCUCUCAAAAGUGGAACCAAGCUAACCAUGGAAGGUACGUGGACAUGGAAAUACGCGGAAUGGAAAGGACCUCUACUAAAGAUCACCGGAAGCGGUGUCACGGUUACUGGAAGCGGUUUAACACUUAAUGGGCAAGGUGCUGACUAUUGGGACGGCAAAGGAGACAGUGGAAUUACAAAACCAAAAUUCCUGACAAUCGCAACUACUGGAGGAUCGACUUUCUCUGACAUUAAUCUAUUGAACUGCCCCCAUCAGUGCAUUUCCAUUAGCAGUGCCAGCGAUACCACUCUUGACAAUUUUGUUGUUGAUGUUUCUGAUGGAGAUGACAAUGGUGGUCACAACACUGAUGGAUUCGACGUGUCCGGAUCCACCGGAAUUACCGUUCAGAACAGUGUAGUCAAAAAUCAAGACGACUGCGUGGCUGUAAACCAAGGGUCUGACAUGGUUUUCAAGAAUUUGACUUGCAGUGGAGGACACGGAUUGAGUUUAUCCGUCGGUCAAAGCACUUCUGAUGGUUCAGUAAACACUGUAAAAAACGUCACGUUCUCUGAUUGUACUGUAACUAACUCUGCCAAUGGCAUCCACGUUAAAACUCACUCUGAUGCCGGAACUGGUUCUAUUUCCGAUGUUACCUACAAAAGCAUUAAACUUUCCAGUAUCACGAAAUAUGGAAUCAACGUUCAAGAAGAUUAUGCAGAUGGUUCCUCUACUGGAACUGCUUUAGGAAACAUUCCAAUUACCAAUUUGGUGCUGGAUGCAAUCAGUGGAAGUAUGAGCGGAGGGUCCAGUAGCAUAGCUGUAUACAUUCUGUGUGGAACCGACGGAUGCUCUGAUUGGACGUGGAGUGAUAUUUCCAUCACCGAUGCAAAGAAAGAUAGUAGCUGCAACUUUACACCAACUGGCUACAGUUGUUAACCAGCUUGUGUUUUCUUUUAUUAAACAUAUUGUUUAGAAA